AUGAGCAAUGUACCAGAAGUAACCGGAGCAAGAUCCAGCCGCCAGAAAACAAGGAAGACAUCCAAAUGGUCAUCGACGUGGAUCUACUUGUUGGCGUUGCUUUUGGGCUGGUGUGUGAUCACCUGGUACUUUUCCUUUUCCGUCCACAAAAGCAGUACCAGCAAUAGGAAUGGAAAUGAAUUUUCGAAUGUAGUAGUGCCCCCAAGAAAGACGCCCACCAAUGUUGACUUGCAACAGCGCAAAGAGUCCGGAAGUUUGUCAUCGGGAGACCAACACUUUCUCAUUUCGUACUUGACAAUGACAGGGCAGUUCCAGCAGGAGGAGCAAAGUAGCAGCGAUGCACAGAAAGCACAAGAGAUUUUUUCCAAAGAAAUGAGGCGAGUCCAAGCCUGGUUGCUACAAACACAAAAGAGUCCCUUUUUGCCCCUCACGGCAUAUUUGGAGUCACCGUUGCCUCCUUACAAUGACACUCAAGUCCCCCGGUUGCUCUCCACGCAUCGACUGGCCAACAAGCCCCAAGAUCUGAUACAAAGAGAAUACACUACGGAUACGCCACAAUCUUGCCUUGAUUUGCCCAAUGCAUUUCCCGUCAUGAAACCACCCACCGACAAGGAAGAAGCAGAAACUCAAAAUAGGAAGAAUGACUGCCCCAUUCAUGGCGAUCCGUUUUUGCCGUGGAUCCAUGAUGCCUUUGUGUCACCGUCGGGUACUGUGGUGGAGAUUGUUGCCCACAAUCAACGAAGAUGUCAUACCAAUCCAAAACAAUACUUUCACAGGCUGCAACACCUGGAACCACAAGUGACCAUCAUGCAAAGUGUGCCCGUGAUUCGAGAAAAGGCAACCGGUAAUGGUGCCUAUCGGUACCGAUUGGCAUCGUUACAAGAGGCUGCCGCCAACACGGAUGCUGUUACGGAAACCAGAUUUAUUUGUCACUUUCAUACCCAAGUGCUGGCCAAUAAUCAGGAGGGCGACACUCUGCAAACGAUUCCUCUUGGCGAAACCUUGAGUGUCUUUCCCUACAAUUACGAACAUGCCAAUGAUCGAAAACGCAACAGCAAGCCCAUGCUGACCCGUGGCUGUGUGGAUGACAACUCCGUCUUCAAUGCCCUCAAGCUAUAUGAUCUAUGCUUGGAGAAUACCAUUGCCUUGGCAGCUACUCAAGAAGGUCUUGCAAUCACCAUUGUCGCGCUCAAUAACAAGGCACACAUCUUCCAUGAGUUCUGUGAGUUUCGCAGUCUCCAAGUGGUUCAGGAAACCAUCUACGCAGCUCUGGUGUUCUUGCCAAAGGGUGUUCAAGUCAUGGACAAUUCGAUGCUCCAAGGAAUUCUGUUCAAUGUGUAUAUGCUACGAAACUUGAACUGUGCACGAGCUGCAUAA